GAUGCUGUUUAGUAGGCCUCUGAACUCGCCAGAACCAGCACAAUCGAGCUCAUGGUCGCCCUGGAAUGCUUCGGAAGCGCCAGUAGCCCUUCCAACGAGAAAGCUAGACGGCCUAGUGAAGCAGGCCUGCAAGAGGAAUCUGAAGUACGAAUACCUCAUGAGAAACCUCGAGUCGAGAAUAAGUGCGAACAUAGACGACUUCAAGGUCAUCAACACUACUCUGGAAGAAACUUGUCGUAACCUCAAGCGCAACUAUCAACAGGCUGAUAAGGCACUUAAAUUCCAAGUCCCACAGAUAAAAGAAGACCUCGAAGAUUCGAUGGAGUCCUUGACAGAGCUCGCGGAUACUCUCCCGACUAUCCAGAAGCAAGUGACGGAUAUUCAGGAGGCGUACCAUUCUGGCGGGGAAAAGGCACGAGCCCUUGUCUCCGAUCUUACAUGGCUUAACACCGAAUUUUAUGAGCGUUGGCGAUCGAUCGUCUUCACCUCUUCAAGCCCAGUUUCUUGGCGAUGGAAGAUGUAUAUGCGUACCCUCUUUGUCGUCUCUUUUAUCAUCUGUUCCUGGUUAUUCUGGAUUGCACUUUCUGGUGCAUAUCGUGCUCACCGUCAUCGGCUUGUAUGGGGAGAGAAACUCAUGUCAUA